ACCACAACAAUAACGAGCAUCAGGCCAUGACUGUUUGACAAAUUAGCCUUGGAGAUCCUGCGCUGUUCUCGCCUGUAGCUGCCGGUAUUGCCAUACAGAGUACCGUAGCAAACCUUGGUUUACAAGACAUUGAUCUCGAGCCGCACAACACGACAGCCCCACCGGCAUACCAAUUUGUUGCGCCAACAUCGCGCAAUGUUUCGCCCAGGCUUCCGAGCCUUCGAGUCCGCUUUCCGAACCGUGAGAAGCCCUGCGCGGUUUCGACCGGCCAAGCAUGCACAGUCGCGCGCGUACCGACAAAUACGCUUUGGCGACAAGAGCCCCCAAGGUGCCUACGGCCGCCUCCAGUUCAUAUCCAGCUUCUUCAGGAGAUGGGCUGCACGCCCGACGUUCUACCGCGAUGUAGGACUGAUAAGUCUGGGCACCGGAGGCGCUUACGUGUAUAACCUGGAGGAGGUGCCGAUCUCCGGUCGCCGCCGCUUCAACAUCAUAAGUCCGCGAAUCGAAGCUCAGAUAGGCGCUGCAACGGUCGGCGAAGUGCAGCAGCAAUACCAGGGACAGAUGUUGCCGGACUGGCAUCCGACCGUGCGGAGAGUGAAGAAAGUGCUCGAACGGUUGAUACCGUUUGCAGAGGAAGCGGGGUUGCACGAUGUGGACUGGGAGAUCCAUGUCAUUGACAGUCCGGAGGCGAAUGCCUUCGUUGCGCCUGGUGGGAAAGUGUUCGUCUUUACCGGUAUCCUUCCGCUCUGCGAGGAUGAUAACGGAAUUGCUGCGGUACUGGGUCAUGAGAUUGCACAUGUGGUAGCACAUCACACUGCUGAGAAGUUGAGCCAAGCGCCGUUUGUGCUUCUCGGUGUGCUUGCCUUGAUGACUUUUGAUCUGUCGUUCCAGCUCAGCAGCGCUGUUCUCAACCUGUUUCUCUCGAUGCCCGCUGGCCGCAAGCAGGAGGCCGAAGCCGAUCAGAUUGGCCUUAUGAUUAUGGCACGAGCGUGUUACCGCCCGGAAGCCGCCAUGGAGUUCUGGCAUCGCAUGGAGACGACUGGAGGCGCAGCGCCCCCAGAACUACUCUCUACUCACCCGUCCCAUCACAACCGGGAGGAGAAGAUCCGAGGGUGGCUACCAAGAGCCCACGAGCAGGCUGAGAGGUCUGAAUGCGGUGCUACAUCUCUCUAUGCGCAACAGUUCAACACCUUUUGGGGACGGUAAAGAGGUAGACCUACCGUAUACGAUAACCUGUAUGAUAGCUCACUUGUAGUUUUAGCAUAGAGAAAGCAGCGGUACACGAAUGAACGAAUAAUGCCUUUUCUCCUGCGUCCUGUCCACCGGAGC